GCGUGGCCGUGGUCGUGACGUCCUUGGCGCGGUGGCGGGGGAGGAAGCCGCGGGGAAAAUGGCGGACGGGAAAGCGGGAGAGGAGAAGCCGGAGAAGCCUCAGCGAGCAGGAAGCGCCGGAGGACCUGAAGAAGAGGCAGAAAAACCUGUGAAAACUAAGACUGUUUCUUCCAGUAAUGGAGGGGAAAAUUCGAGUCGCAGCGCAGAGAAGCGAUCAGCUGAAGAAGAAGCCGAAGACUUCUCAUCCAAGCCUGUGCCCGCAAAGAUAGCCAAGUUUGGGUUUGCCAUAGGCAGUCAGACGGCAAAGAAAGCACCAGUCAUAUCCAUCAAACUUGGAGCGAGUAAGCCUAAAGAAACUGUUCCAACUCUUGCCCCUAAAACCCUUUCAGUAGCAGCAGUUUUCAAUGAAGAUGAUGAUAGUGAACCAGAAGAAAUGCCUCCAGAAGCAAAGAUGCGGAUGAAGAAUAUUGGAAGGGAUACACCAACAUCAGCUGGACCAAAUUCCUUCAAUAAAGGAAAGCAUGGAUUUUCUGAUAACCAGAAGCUGUGGGAACGAAAUAUAAAAUCUCACCUUGGAAAUGUCCAUGACCAAGAUGAUGACUAAAUGAUGUGUUUCAAGAUUUGGGUAUGGGGUGGGUGUGAUGUUAAAAGGAACAGUUUCCUUUUUUUUUUUUUUUUUUUAAAGAGAAAAAAAAAGAAUGGUAUAAGACUAUCUUUGGAGCCACUUUUAAAAAAUUGAGUGGUGUACUAAUAAAUGAAAGUUUGAAAUUAGAGGUAAUUUAUGUUUUAUAUACAGAUUUCAAGACAUUUGCUAAUUUUGUAGUUUCGUGUGAUUAGUUUCAAAAGGUUACAGAUAAUAAAGAAGUCAGAAAUGGUACCUUUUUAAGAAUUGCUUAUUUUUUUAGUCACUACUAUUAGCACAUUAAGGAGGAAGCAAAAGUUUAUUGUCUCUUUAACUGUUCAAAUUGAAAACAACUACUUAACUCCAUCUUUACGUAAACUAUCUGGCUCCCAAGAACAGCCUUAUAGAGAAGGAAUGUUGUACUGGGAGGGAAGUGUUACUGGAACAUUGAUUUUAAAAUAAUUUAGACAAAAUACAAAUAUGACAACUUUUUUUCCCCAGUGGACUUUUUUUCAGUCAUGAACUAGGCAUUGCUAACAGCAGCUACAGAAGCUAUAACAAGAAAAACUCAUAGUUACUUUUUUGAAAUUUUAUGUAAAGUGUUUAAUAUAUGAUGUGGCCUAAUUCACCUUAAUAGGGCUUGUCCUAACUUCAUUGAUUUUUAAAGGACAAGCAUUCAUUGUGCAAGUAAAUCAGUAUUUUAAAUGUGCUUCUCUGAGUUAUCGGUAUUAACAAGCUCCUGUAAGCAUUUCCACCAGAACUUGAGGUAAAUAUAAGGAAGCUGUUUCUUUUAAAAAGUAAGCCACCACCAAAAAUGUGAUUAAAAUAUGUACAUUGCUUAAAUGCAUUUGGCUUUUUUAGUUUUAAAAGAAAUGACACACCAAAAAUUCAUUAACAUUGUAUAAAGAUGGUGAAGAUGCACUUUCUGUAUUGGUCAGAACAUGUAAAUUACCAAUUUAGUGAAAACUAAUCUGAAUUUAAGCAACGUUACUUUUCUCAUUACUAGGCUAGUAUGUAAUACACUCAUUUAUAUGCCUAUUUAUAGACUACUGGCCCAUUUCAGAUACUGAAAAUACAAGAGAGUGCAUCUUUAAAAUUAUUUUAUGAAAGAUUUGACCACUUAUACUUUGAGUCUGUAAGUUCUGAGAGGUUUCUUUUGUAUUUUUGUAUCGUAUAUGUAAUCUUAAAUUUCUUUGAAAUAUAAUACCGUUGGAACACCUGUUCUCGUAUCUUUAAAAGCUUUGUCAUAAUCAAAUGUAUAAUGUUUUCUUGAAAAUUCCUUCAAUGUUGAAUUUGAAGGCAGCUUUAGACUAUUCUAUUGGUGGUAACUGCCAGUUAAGCUCUUAGAAUAGGUAAUCGUUCCAGAGGAGCUGCCUUUUACUGUAUAUUCCUAAUACUUUUGUCCUGUUACAUUUAUAUUUAGAAUAAUCCCCACAUAAAACAAUGAAAAUGUACAUAGAGCUAUUAGUUCUUCCUUAUUUGACUUAACCAUACCAAAAUUCAUAAAUUUAUCUUUAGAUACUCUAAUGUAGGCAGACUUUCCAUUUUUGUCCAUUUUAUUGUUAUGUUUAAGAAUUCUUCCUCUUCUGAGUGUAUUCUUGACCCAAAUGAAAGGAUAGCCUAAGGUCAAGACAGGAGAGAGCAAUGACUGAGAUGAAUGUCUUUACUAAAAUACCAAUAAAUUUGUGAAACUCA